AUGGAGAGAAGCCAACCAAGGAGGCAAGUUGCUGCCAUGAAACAAUCCCUUUUUGAUCAGGGAUUAUUGGAUGAACAAUUUAUCCAGUUGGAAGAGUUAUCAGAUGAUGCUAAUCCAAACUUUGUUGAAGAAAUUGUCACCCUUUAUUAUCGUGAUUCAUCUCGCCUUAUCUCAAGCAUAGAACAAGCACUCAUCGGAGCCAAAAAGGUGAAAGCAGAGUGCACUCUCUUUAGGGAAUAUUGUAGGACAGGAAAUGCUGAAGGGUAA